ACGACCGACCGGACGUGACAUAACGUGUACGUGCCGUGUACACGACGUACUGUACAUGUGCGACUGUGACGUGCAACUACGUGGUUCAACCUGCGCUGACAAGUUUGUGAUCAACUGAAUUUACAUUUUGGACUUCCCUCAUUAAAGAAGGCUACAAGAGCCAUGUUGAUGCCCCCGACACUGCUGUGUCCCCCGCUGCUGUAGAUUGCCCCACUGCCAUGCCCCCGUUGCCGUGAUGCCCGGUGCCCCGCUGCACCGACAUGCUUGGCUGUGGAACUCUGCCAAGCUGCGGGUGCCACAACACGACUUCCUCAGACCUCAGCUACUCGUCUGAGAGUUCGUCGUCGGACGCAGACAUGCGGCGAAACCAGGGAAGCUCCUGCCAGGAGGUGGUGAAACACAACGGCGUCGGCGCCUUCCUGGCAGCGCUGUCCCCCAGGAACCUGUUCCGGGGCUUCAAGAAGAACAGCGAGUUCAGCAUGCCUAAGGCAGAACGAACCAUGAAGGCGGCCAUCUUGAUUCAACAAUGGUACCGCAGAUACCUCGCCAGAAUGGAGGUACGUCGUCGAUACACAUGGACAAUCUUCCAGAGCAUAGAGUAUCAAGGCGAGCAGGACCAAGUCAAGCUGUACAAUUUCUUCAACGCGCUGCUGACGCACAUCCCCACGACGCCGUCGUCACACAAACCUAUAACUAGUGAUACCACGUCAAAGUCGUCCUCUACAGACACAACAGUAGAGACCAAGUUUGAGGACGAAUCUCCAAGUGACGGUGGCAGUUCUCCUAACCAGUUCGUCGAGUCCAACUACAAAGGGAUCCAUCUAGGAAACCCUCUGAGUCGACAGGACCUUGACAACCUUAUAGAGUCCUUCCGCAAGAAAAAGGACCCCCUGUGGAAACGGUGCUGCUGUAUGUGUUCUCCUCAAAUACAUCCGGAGUUUACUCACAGACUGCACGCCAAAUACGUAGCGACAAUACUGAAACAAGCAACAGCAGCUCUCAAGAAACUGCCCAACCUGAAUGUAGCCUCUACCGCCAUCUCCAAACAAAUAACUGUGUGUGGAGACCUGCACGGCAAGUUGGAGGACCUGCUUAUAAUCUUCCAUAAGAACGGACUGCCAUCAGCGGAGAACCCGUAUGUGUUCAACGGUGACUUCGUCGACCGUGGCAAGAAGGGGCUAGAGGUUCUUCUGCUGUUGUUGGCUGUCCUGCUGGUGUUUCCUGAUGGAGUGUUUCUCAACAGAGGAAACCACGAGGAUCACGUCAUGAACACCAGAUACGGAUUUAUCAGGGAAGUUAAGCUGAAGUACAAGCACAACGCUGAGCGGCUGCUGAAGCUGAUCGAAGGGGUGUACAGGUGGCUCCCCCUAGGCACAGUGGUCAACAACAAGGUACUCAUCGUUCACGGAGGCAUCUCCGAUAUCACGGACUUGGACUGGGUUAGGAGUCUUGACAGACAGAAGUAUGUGUCACUGCUGAGGCCACCAGUUGUCCCAGAGACCAACAACGCCGUCGCUACAGAGGCCAUUGAUAAGAUGGAGUGGAAACAGGUGUUCGACAUCCUCUGGAGCGACCCACAAGGCACGGAAGGCUGCAUACCUAACUCCUUACGAGGGGCAGGCACCUACUUCGGCCCUGACGUCACUGAGCAGUUCCUAGCCAAACACAACCUUAUGUUCAUCAUCAGAUCGCACGAGUGUAAGAUCGAUGGAUACGAACUCACUCAUAACGAUAAGGUGGUGACGAUAUUCUCUGCGUCCAACUACUACGAGACAGGGUCCAACAAAGGUGCCUACAUGAAGCUGGUAGGUCCCCAGCUGGUGCCGCACUUUGUACAGUUCAACACAGCCAGAUCCGUGGCCAAGGCACUCACGUUCAGACAGAAGGUGGGGCUGGUGGAAUCGUCUGCCAUACGAGAGUUGAGUACCAAGGUCCAAGCUCACCGGGAGAAACUUAUAGUAGCCUUCAGGAGAUCAGACAACCACGACACCGGACUGGUGACGGUGUCGGAGUGGUGCUCCGCCAUGGAGGAGACCACUGGUCUCAGCCUUCCCUGGAGGAUGCUCAAGGAGAAGCUGGUCUUGAUGGACCCCGCUGGCUCGGGGAAAGUCCGCUACAUGACCACCUUCCAGGACAUCGAGCCUGCCAGGCGAGGGCACGGGGCCACCGUAGUUGAGACGCUCUACAGGAAUAAGUCGAGUUUGGAAGCCAUAUUUAGGAUAAUAGACAAGGAUAAUUCAGGUUACAUAUCUUUGGAGGAAUUCAAGGACGCGUGUGAGUUGCUGGGAGAGCACCUUCAGCAUCCCCAGGACGAGGCCCUGGACAUCUGCAAGAGUAUGGACAUCAACAAGGAUGGUCUGGUGGACCUCAACGAGUUCCUGGAGACCUUCAGGCUUGUAGACAUGGAGGUCGGGAGAGGAGACUCCGUGGAUGUUGACUCUGACGACGAAGGUGACCGGGACUGAACGGAAGAAACUGCAGAUGGGGAUUGAUGAUACCAUCAUGUCAUAGAGUAACAUGAAAAUGAUUAUGGGAAGAUUUACUGACUUAUCACAUAUUUGAGUCGUUUUCAUGGAUUUCGUGUAAUAUGAUAAGUAUGUUUACAAGUACCUUAGUAUAUCACGUAAUCCUGCGUCGAUUCAAGUUUCAAGAUUCAGGAUUUCAUCAAGCCUUUAGGUCAUUGGCAAUUGGCCAAGUCACUAACAAAACAGAGAAUCAUGUCCUCCUGACUCACUAAGUUAAUCCUGAUCGUGUAGCUCACUUUGUACAGAUGAGGUGAUUACAAGAGCAUCUAUUAAGAUCAACGCAGGAUCUAGGCAACAUAAGGAAUUUUAGCCUUUUAUGAGUUGUUUUAUGAGUUGUUUGACGUUGAUUUUACAACAGCAAUGGGUUAAACAAUGGAAAUGGCGGAAUUGUUAAUUAUGUUAACAGUCAUAUUAAUUCAAGUGGGGCCAUUCGCCAAACCUGUCUUUGUCAAGCUAACAUUUCGUAUGUUCGCAGUCAAGUGAUCUAACAGGAGUUGCCAUUAUUCAAAUAAUUAUCAAAUAAUUCUUUAAGAAAUCAAUGUACACGUGAUAAAGUUAACCAAAACAUAUUUAAUUGUAAAGCGUCAGCCCAUCUAUGUACAACCAAGCAACGCUUUAUAAUUUUCUCCCUACGAAUUUCCAAAUGCCUUAAUGUUUGGUGGUCUAUGUAGGCGUUGAUAAAAAAUAAAAAAGGUCGUGUUAGAAAUGAAGAUUGUGUUGUUAAGGCUGCGGGUAUAAAAUUAUGUAUUGAUGAACACUUCUUAUUAACUUUAAAAUGUUUGAGUUACUCUUGAUGUUGUUUCUUCAUGAAAAUUUCCCUUAUUACAUGUGCAACAUUAAACUAAGAUUGUUAAAAAAUGGUAAAUCUUGUUUGAAAAUGAUGCUUUCAAGAAUUAAUUGUUUAAGACAACAAAUAUAAUAUCAUCCAAAGUGAGUGAAUUCAGUUCCAAUUUUUGAGUUUAGAGUAGAGUUAAACAGUUGAGAAUAUUACAAAUAUGUUUUAUAAAUUUACAACGAAUACUCUUUGUAAGCAUCUGGUAAGCAUGCUGUUUUCUUGUUACAUGUAAUAUGGAAGCCAAACAAAAAAGACAAGUUCAUAUUAAAAUUGCAACUUCAAAGUAAAAUGUCGUGUAUUCGGUGCUCAACUUCUAGUCGAUAUAUUUUAGUGAUGUGCCAAAAGACAGAUAGAUACCUUUAGGGAAGUUGGAUCUGUAAAUAGUUUUGAGAAAUCUAAGUUGUAAAUAAUAUUAGUUAUUAUGAAGGAAUUGUCCAUCUGUGUAGAUUGUAUAUUUCAACCACUGGCUGUGUAUAUUGUUGAAGUGACGUAAUCAUAUACUGUAUAGAGAAUGACAUACUUAUAUGAUAUAAAUGUAGUUUUUUCUUAACAAUAUAGUUAAACGUUCGAUGUUCUUCAAUUAUUCUCAUGUAAACACCAAUUCUAUUGUAACCAUUAGCUCUGUGUAUUCGAGGUAUUACUCUAAUAUCUUCUUACAAACAAAAGAUGCGUCUCUACUUUUUGCCGUCUGCUCUUGAGUAUUAAGAUAAUGAUAACUGUAAGUAAUAUCACUAGAUAUAUUCAAAUUUUGUAAAGUGCGUUAAAAGUGAAACUUCAAUCUCGUAAAAUCUAUGAUUUAUUAAGUUUUUAAAUGACUCUUUUAGUAAUAAACAACUUCAAUUAUGUCGUAACAAAGUGCUAAUUUAAUAUGUCCUAAUAUGUAAAAUAUAAUUAACACCACAAUAGUAAUAAACUUUUUUAGUAUUGUACGAACUCAAUAGUUAAAGGUUAAACCUAUUCAAUUUUUUCACUGUAUAUUCUGGUUACUGUGUCUUAUUUUAGAGAUAUUUAAAAACAAACUUACUUCUUAGUUGUUCCUACUCAGUUAAAAAGUCAGCUUUAUUACGUUUUUUGAACCCUGUGUGUAUUUGAUGAACAGGUUCCAUUUUUUAUGUAAUAGGAUUUAUAAUCAAGCCCUUCUAUCUAUGUAAUUCUAGCAGAAUGAAUUAAAUUUUAUGAAAUUUUUUCCCAAGUCACCUAUCCCCAUUUUUUACUGAUAAUAAGUGAAUGGCUGGAUAAUUAUAUGUAAGAAAUAAUCGUAUAAAUUGGUUGUGGGCCGUACUCAGUUAAUAUGUUUUUUUGUCAGUGUUAUCAAGGGAAACUCAAGCCAAAUUAAACUGUUUUCUCAAAAUAACGAGCUAUUGAUUGGAAUUAAAUACAAAGGAGCUUACUACUACUGGUCCGUCCACAUAUAAUGAUCAAAAACCUAAUAUAAUUUAUUGAAAUAAAUUAUAUUUUUUGUAAAUACAUUUAUUUAAUUUAUUCAUGAUUCCCCUACGUUUUCGAAACGGGAUUGAUCUAAAUGGUUUUUCUAAUCAAAUGUGUAACUGUAUUAAUGUAGAGAAAUAAAUAUUAAUGUUUGAUUAAAAUCGUGAUAUUUUAAAAUUAAAAAAAAACUGUUGAAAAUGUAAUCUGUUGUAUUACCUAACUAGGGUAAUAAUUGACACGGCUAGCUGGGUGGAAAGUUACCAUUGAUAGGGACCAUAACAAUAUUAACUAUUAUUUAGAUUAUAGUGUAAAUAUUUGAUGUAAAUUAUUUUUACGUAAAAUUUAUUAGGAGGUUACUAUACAUAUUGGUGGGAAUAUUAAUAAGUUUUUAAACUUAAUAAGAGAAUAGCAUGUCAAUGUUUUGUUUUAGUUAAGAACUUUUGUACUUUAUUUCACGUUAAAAUAAAGCUUUGUUCUCUGUAAUGUCAAUUGUAAUUUAAAACAGUAUUUUAGUUGUGUUUAUAAUGUUCAUUGUCCAGAGUUUGUGAGUGUUUAGAUUUUAGAUUGGAAUGUUACCUCGUUUUAUAGUUCCACAUUUAGUUCUGAAUCUUGGUAGGAACUUUAAGGACAAAACGGGUGCUUCAUGUGGUUUUAGCGAAUUUCCCUAUAGGGAAGUAGCUAUUACCGUAGGUCUCAUGGUAAGACUUAGGUCCGGGACCGAUUUACUUUUUCAUUUUGAUGU